CGUGGGACUGCCCAGGUGUGGGCUCUGGGGGGAGGACUCCCUCUGGGCCUGGAGUGUGGAGUCUGAAUGAGGGCCUUGUGGGGGCCCUGGCUGGGGAGAGUGAGGUUCUGCAGCAGGCUUGGGGCUGGGCUGCGGGAAAGGGUGGAUGGCUCCCAGUCCCCAGGGCUCAUCUACACCCCUGAAGGAGGAGGUGGGUCAGCAGAGACGAGACCUGACCUGACCGCCUGGGACAGGAAGCCCCUCUUAGACCACAGCCCUUCCUCCAACCCUGCCCUAGUGUAAUUUGACACUCAGUCAUUUGUUCCGCCCUCCUGGUACCCAGCCAAUUCCCGAUUUCCCCAAAGCCAGGAAAAGGAAACUUCAGAGAAACCGAAACUACUGGGGAAAGAAAAGACCCACUGAGCACCAUCCAGCCUUCCGGACCACAGCUCGCCCCAUCCCGGCACCAUGAACCACACCUCCCGGACCUUUGUCAGUGGCGCCCACACUGGUGUCCCCCCGACCUAUGAGAUGCUCAAGGAGGAGCAUGAGGUGUCCGUGCUGGGGGCACCCCGGAGCUCAGCUCCCGUGACGACCACCGUGAUCAACAUCCACAGUGACACCUCCGUGCCUGACCACAUCGUCUGGUCCCUGUUCAACACGCUUUUCACAUACUGGUGCUGCUGCCUGGGCAUCGUGGCCUUCGCCUACUCCGUGAAGUCUAGGGACCGGAAGAUGGUGGGCGACGUGACUGGGGCCCAGAGCUAUGCGUCCACCGCCAAGUGCCUGAACAUCUGGGCCCUGGUCUUGGGCCUCUUUCUGAGCACCGGAUUCAUCGUUCUCAUGGGAUUUGCCUGCCUGACACUCUACCAGAUAAUUGUAAAGGCCAUGCAGGACGGCAGAGGCUACUUCUAGCUGCCCAUGGGCACAGCCCCGUCCCCAUCAUGCCCUGCUGGCCUCAGAUGCUGGGGCUUUGGCCCUGCCCACUUGCCCAUACCCUUUUCUACAGCAGUUUUUGCAGACAUACCCGUCUACACCUGGAUUCAAUAAAGUGCACUUGCCUGUGA